AUAUAAACAAGUUGGCGGUAAAGAUGGAGGCCGUAGAGAGUGAAAUCUUACCAAGUGAGGAAACAAAUCCAGAGUACAGGGUCCAGGUAACCUCGAAGAAAGUAGUAAGUGAGCAGGUGAACAAAUACAAAGAACUUUUAAAGACGGCUCUGGACGGGCAGCCGGAGGACUUUCCGGAGGAGACGAAGCGAGUUUUACUGCAGGAGCUGCUGGCAAAUUUUGAGGCUGCUGUUCAGGCUAACGUGUUGGUGAAUGGACGGCCUUGGGAGGAGGCGCCCGAUGAUGAAGCAGAGGAUGAAGCUGUAGAUCUGGAAAGCCUCCUGGACGAUAUUAUUGUUGAGACCACAAGAAGGCGCCGUACAUUCCCCAAAAAGAUCCUUCCUCAUGUGGUGCAUGCCCUCAAGGCUGAACGGAAAAUCAUGGGGCUGUAUGAGCAGGCCAUCAAACCUCAAGAGGUGGUCAAAGAUCCUGAUCAAGAGAACAUCAUGAAUGAUUUGACAGCAGCCGCUCCUGGUGUGGUAAAGCAGGCCAUCCAGGUCAUAAAGUCAAUCAACACUCUGCAAACACAAGUUGAAGGCCUAUGCGAAAUCCUCAAAAUGAAACCCAGCCAAGCCUCUCUGGAGAUACACAGAGAAGUGUUUGGUUUUAAUGACCAAUCAGAGGCUCCCUUUCCUCCUGCGAAAAGAGCCAUAGGAAACAAGCAACCAAUCAAGAGAGCUGUGGAGGAAGCAGCAGCCGCAGAGGGCUAUGUGCCCCAAGCCAAGAAACCAGAGUGCUGCGUGGGAGAGGACAAGCUCGAGUGACACUUUAAGAAACAUUAAACCAGUGUGAAAUUCCCAAACACUGCAGUUCCUCUAAUGGCCACUUGGCUGAUCCCAAGAACCAGCACAUCCAUAGACUCCCACAUUAAAAUGUCCAACUUUACAGCGGAAAUAAAUGUGCUUUACAAGCUGCUACAAAAAUGUUUUGCUCUCUGUAACCUGCUCCACCCUCUUUAACACUUGUACAAGGUUUAGCUUUAGUAUGAUCUGGUCUGUGUCUGUAUGCAGCUUGCCGUCCAAACUUAGCCAAAAACUUUUCACUGCUCUGUCUGUGGGCACUUCACCAGCACUGUGGUGGCCAAAAUAGCAACACUGGGGCCUUAAAAUACACCAGAUUGUGUCACAGUGGAUACAUCCCUUUUUAAUAUCCAGUCUGUGGCUGAAAUUAAUAAGUGUAAACAUGAUCAUUUCUUUUCCAUGAAGCCAAACAGAAGUUUCAGUUUCAUGUGUGGGCAGCAACAGAGAUACUGUUUGGCAAGUCAAAAGCCCAAAUAAAAAUACCCCAAACUGGCUGAUUUGUUUGUCCACUUGCAAGGACUAAAGUAGCAUCAGAGGUUUAAUCUUGUGGAGUUAUGUGCAGCAUGUUUUUGCAUAUUAUCUCAGCUUGAUCAGCAUCAGAUUUGUUCAUUUGUUAGAAGAAUGUCUAACUAAAUUGAUGAUUUUUGUAAAGGGAAAACUGUAAUUAGUGUUGAGGAUUUGAGUGAAUGAAAUGAAAUCAUUUAGGUCAUUUCUGUUAUCUUGUGCAUAUUGUAUAAAAUACAAUUCCAGGGGCUUUGCUUGUACUUGUACUUGUAACCUUCUUUCUCAUAUUGGUCACUUUGUGGUCACUUUAAUCCACUUUAAAGAGAUUCAUAAACCUUAAAUUUAUGGUUAACACUCCGUAAAAGCUGUCGGUUUAGUUAAAUAUAUUAUGUUACAACCCUUUAAAUCCCUUUUCUGUUUUUCAAGACUUUAACUGAGAGAAACUGUAUUUUUGGGAAACUAUGUUAAGUAGUGGAUUUAUAGUUGUCACCUGCAGAAUAUGGGAAUGAUCUGUGCUCACAGUAA